CAACUGUAUCGAAACACUUGACAGUAUAAUUACAUACUAAACACUCUAGUUUACAAAAAAUGGCCUACGUUCAAAAAUUAAUUGUGCUAGCAACAGCAGUAUGCUCGGCUUAUGCGGCGGCGACACAUCCGAUUAUCAGCCUGGCCACUAACGCUAAUUCUAACGGGAACAAUUUGAAAGACUACAUUACUUGUAUAAUUAUUGUAGUUUCGAAAAAUAAGUGCGUCGAUACCCCGAUGAAGGAUACCAGUGAUGCGGAAAUGUGCAAGGGUGUCUACCAAUUAACAGAUUGUCUCAAAAGCAAUUACGGUGUCUGUCCCAAAUCGGACAGGGAUGAUGUGGAUAAGAAUUUCGACAACAUUGAGACGUGCAAAAAGGUUAAUGAUAAAUGUGUCGGACACUCAUAUUCACGGCGUUGGUGCAAGGACAAUGGCUAUAACUCGAGCACCAUGUUCAAAGCUAACUCCCUAACCGUGCUCGGUAGCAUUACAUUAAUUUAUAAGUCUGAUAAGAGUUAG